AUGACAAAUCGUUCACAACGCCAUGUGCGCAAGGGCACGCGAGAUGCGUCAACCAGCGCCCUUGGCGCGAAAGCUGCAAAUCUGGUUUUCAAAGGUUUUUGGCGUUUAUUUGAAAUAACUGAGCUUGCGUUGGAAGAUAAAAAAGUGAAAACGGAUGAAGAUCCGACUAUAUUGCUUUUACUUUUUGGAAUAUCUGCAUGCACUGCAAUCUUUGUAAAAAAUAACGGCGGAGGUAAGAACCACGGUUUCUCCUCUGCAUCCUCUUCAUCUUCAUCAUCGUCGGAAGAAGGAAAGAAACAUGGACACGGGCAUCAUCAUCAUAAUCACGGAAGACCUUCAAGACCACGUCCAACACGUCCACCACGUGCUCCAGUUUGUCCGUCCGAUUGGAUGACAUUCGACCGACCACAAGGAAAAUGGUGUGUUAAGGCAUUUUAUGUAUCCGGCAAUCACAGUGUUGCGGAAGCAAAGUGCAAUGAGAAUUCAGCUACACUGACCGGUUUCCAAACUUCGGAUGAACGAAUGAAAACCGCAAGUUAGUUUACAUUACAACGGGAAGUGAUGGCUUUAAAUGGGGUAGAGUUGAGCCAAAUUCGAAUUCGGAUCCAUGUCUGCAAAUGAUCAUCGGUUUGGUGUCUGACACUACUCCGGCUAUUAAUUCGGAUUUCAACGGUGACCUCAACGAUGUGUGGUGUCCAGCCGAUAAUCAAGCCGCCGCUUGUGGAAAACUUCCCGAAUAAACGUUUGAUUUCAGGAAAUAAAACAUUUUCAACUAAUCGUCUCUUUUU